AGCCUCCGGAGCCGCUACUUAAGAGCGCGGGGCGGGCCGGGCCCGGCGCGGACCUGGGAGCAGCGCCCUUGGAGCCCCGCCGCGCGGCUCGGGGUGCUCAGGGGUCCCUCCUCUUCUUUUAUCCCCCCCCGUUUUUCCGGAAGCUUCCUGCUCUCUCGGGAACUUCGGAGGUCGGGGGACGCUGGUGGGACGGGGAUCUGCCUUCCCUCCCUCCCCUUCAUUCCAGUGAAUGCAAGAGCUGCCGAUGCGUCGAGGCAUGGCUGAGGGGUGGCUGAGCCACCUGCAGGAUGGAAAGGACAGGGGGCAGGAGGGCAGCAUGAGGGACUCGGAUGACCUGGACGAUAGCCUGACCAGCCUCAUGUGGCUGCAGGACUUCUCAAUCAUCAAUGCCAGCAUGGGCAAGUCCUCCUACUGCCCCAGUGGCCCAGACCCCCAUGACUGUCACAGAAUCCCCAGCGUUGCUGCCCCGUGCUCACCCUUGGCUGCUGACCCAGCGUGCAUGGGCAUGCCCCACACUCCCUGCAAGCCCAUCUCCUCCUCCACCUUGAGGACGGUGCAUCAUGCCAUGGCCAUGCACACUCAACUUGCAGAGGACAUCGACUACAAGACCAAUCCACACAUCAAGCCACCAUAUUCCUAUGCCACCCUCAUCUGCAUGGCAAUGGAAGCCAGCAAGAAGCCUCAAAUCACCCUCUCUGCCAUCUAUAAGUGGAUUACUGACAACUUCUGCUACUUCCAACAUGCCGAUCCCACCUGGCAGAACUCCAUCCGGCACAACCUCUCCUUGAACAAGUGUUUCAUCAAGGUGCCCCGAGAGAAGGGUGAGCCGGGGAAAGGUGGAUUUUGGAAGCUUGACCCUCAAUAUGCUGACAGGCUCAAGAAUGGUGCCUUCAAAAAGCGGAAGAUACCCCCAGUGCAGAUCCACCCAGCCUUCACCAAAAAAUCCCAACAAGAAGCACGGUGCAUCCCCAGCCCAGCUGCUUCGUCUUGCACCUUCAAUAAUGUCCUCGACAUCAAUAUGGAGUCACAGCAGCUGCUGAAAGAAUUUGAAGAAGUCACCAGUGACCAGAACUGGAAUCCAGCAGAUGGCAAAGCAGGGCACAAGCGCAAGCAACCCUUGCCCAAGCGAACGGCCAAGGUGUCUCGGCUUUCUAACUCUGCCUUGCUGACCCAGGAAGAGCAGACUGAGCUGGGAUCACUGAAAGGUGACUUUGACUGGGAAGCCAUCUUUGACACCAGCCUGAAUGGAGACUUCUCCACUUUUGAGGAUCUGGAGAUCACGCCUCCAAUGAGCCCCAUAACGCGUGACCUGGACUUGACAGUACACGGCCACCACAUCGACUGUCCUCAGGGGCAGGAGCAGGUCCUCACUGAAUCCAACCAGAACAAUCUGGACUUUGAUGAAACCUUCAUGGCUACUUCAUUUCUUCAGCAUCCCUGGGACGAAGGGACAAAUGAUUACCUCUCCAAUUCUGUCAAUGUGGAGCAGUUGUUUGAACUCAACGAUGCCUCUUUGCCAGCAGAUGUGAGUGACUGGAGCAGUCUGGCAUCCCUCUUAUAAGAGGCCAGUCACCAUUUAAAGCCCACACAGAUUUUAGUAGGAUGAUCCUCCUGUGUUGCUGGGACUUUUACAAGGGCCAAGACUUCCUAGAAACAGAGACAUCCACAGUGACUUCUACCAGCUGCUUCAUAAGAUUAUUCACAGAAACAUCAGGGAGGGGAAAAGGAAAAAACCACCACCACAGGCACGGCUUGUUAUAUCUUUACAGGACAUAUCAGAAGUCUCUAGUCCAUGAGUUUCCUCAAGAGAAGAAAUAUAACACUACUUAUUUUUUUACUUUUAAAGGAAGAAAUGUGAAUUAUCAUUUUUUUUUUCCCAUGGAAAUGGACAUGGCAUAUGUUCCUUCAGGGCUAAAGGAGAGCAUAUACUAAAGCCCAUUCAAGACAUGAGAUUCCUGGUGGCUUAGGACUUGAUAGACUAAGUGCAAUUUCCUCACUCCUUCAUCUCUCUGCUUCUCUCUCUCUUUCCUUUUUCUGUCUAGGGUUGUUGGCAGGUAUAGUGUGAUAAUUAGCUAGCAGGUAAAUAGAGGUCCCUUCUGGAUUCUCUGAAUUCAACCUCCCUCCUGACUUGUGCCUAGAGAAGAAGAAAAGGUCUAUAAAUUGGGCAAGUCUGCCUCUUUAGAAUGUUUUUAUAUAAUCUAUUAUAUAUUACAUAUUCAAAGAAACCUAUAUUUUUAGCAUUAGAAUUUCUUAAUAGUCGGGGGUAGGGGAAAUGCAGUUUGGGAGUUGUUUUCUAUUUCCACUGUUUUAAAGGCUUGUGUUCAUUGAUCUGUAAACCCAGACCAUGUGAGGGAGGAUUCCUGCAGCAGCAGCAGGUUUUGUUAAGGAUCCAGCAACUGACCCCAGCAGGAGAUGAGCAACAGGGACCAGGGUACUCCCAGAACUGAUAUCUUUUGUACCCAAAAUCCCUGCUGCCGUUGCCGAAGGGUCUUGACCACCACAAACACUCUCUUUCUUUCACUAGUUGAUGUAGCACCCCCUCCCUUUUUUUGAUCCAAGACUGUCACUCUCUAUUUCUGUUGCUCAUCCAUCAGGCUCCAAGUGGCUGCCAGGGCAUUGCCAGGGCAAUGCAGGACCCUAAUUAAGGAUGCUUUUUUGGGGGAGCUGUAAGGAAACAUCGUGGUAUAGCCAUCAGCUGGCAGCAAUGGGGCCACUCCACAUCGAAUGCUUCUAGGUGGGACCAAGGAGGAAAGAAAUCCAUAUUCUGGCUCCAUCCAGAAGCUCAGGCCAAAAACUGUGUGUAUCAGCCUCUGAGAAUGGCAGCAGAGAUGAAGUCCCAUCCAGCUGGGAGCAGUUAAUCAGUUGGGAAAGCUGUUGGGAUUGACAUGAACUGAAGUUUUGGCCCUUUGUCUCAGUAUGUAGUGAGAACAUGGCAGGAUCUCUGCAAAGAUGCUCAGAAACAUUUCAGGAGCAGAGCACUGAAACUUGAAGCUCUUGAGAACUGAAUUCUUCACCUCUCCUUUGCUGUAGGUAGUUAGAGGUAGAGUAGCCA